AUGCCGCGUGUGCUCUCUGCACUGGUUUCACGGGCAACUAAAUUAGUAGCAAUUUAUACUGCGAAGCCUUCGCGGAACUUAAACUCUUUAGAUGCAAUUCAUAACAUAUCCUCUAUCGCGUACGCUAUUUGCGUAUUUGCAAGACGUUCUACAAAAGAAAAUGGCUCAAACCCUGAACUUUUUAUGGGUGCGGCCAAAACCGCUUGUAGUGGCUUUCUUACCUUCCUGGAAGUAUUCCCCUCUGAUAAAAAAAUUACAUCCGAAGUAUUCGUCAAUGCCCUCCGCUGCGUGAACCGAGGGCUUUCAUUUAUUCCCGUUCAAACCGUUUUGCAUCCUUUACUGCUUCGUGCGGAUGAAAAUUUCGAUUCCAGCGAAAUGAAAAACUGGAUUUCACGUGAUCUGCUCGCCGCUCUCUACGCCAUGGCGAUAAUCAAACCCCCUUUAACGCUUGCCUUUAUGUCAAAUCUGCUUUUGUGUAUACAACAGCGCCUUCAGAGCUUUGGGGGAACGGAAGUGGCGCUUUUAUUAUGGUCUUUGGCGGCACUCGCGCAGGAAAAGGAUGGUUUGUGGGAGAAAGCAUGCUAUCGCUGCCUUUAUUGGUAUAAAAAAAUGAAUUCCACGAGCCAGACUACGGUAUUGCAAGCUCUCCUGUUUUGCAAACACUGCACCUGCGAUGUCCAACAAGAACUACUUAAUGUUGUUGAGAGUGCUCUUUUUAAAUCUCACGGCUACGAGGAGGAGGACAUUACCUUAGCGUUGGAUUACAUUGUGGAUAAUAGUCAUGGUCUAAAUAAUCACAGAAGCACUUUAGGAGUAGGAUUGACAUCACACUCAGGGAUGAACUCUCGCAGGGAUUCAUUAGAAGGUGUGGAUUCUUAUCAAAGUGUGAGACUGCGGUUAUUUCGUAGAGCAGGGGUGUUUAGCGUGGAAAUACUUUUACAAAUUAUAGAAAACGUAUGGACUUCCACCCAUGCUUCCGAAAAUACGAAAUCAGCGGCGCAAUUACUAGCAGAUGAAGUAUUACUUUUGCUCGAGUAUCUUUCGCAUAAACACCUGAGUGCUGCGCAGGGGGUGCAGCUUCUUUAUCUCUUAGACGCCCAUGGUGUCUUUCAGGAUUCAAACAAUAAUGAAUUGCCGAAGCUUCAGCCUGUGCAAGCCGUAGUACUACGAAGUAUAGGAAGAAUUACCGAAUCGAACGCCGAUGCGAUUCAAAAUCCACACGAAACCCUUUAUGCGUUGCUUUUGUCUUGGCAGAUCGUCGCCGCGGCGAAGCCCUCUUCGGAUUGUUUUCUUUUGUUGUCAAUGAGCUUUUCAGAUCCAAAGCGUGCCGAGCUGAUGGAUUUCAUACUCGAGCUUAGCGAUAAAUGCUUUGAACAAAUUAUCAAAGCACCUAGUGGCGUUGAUGGAAAAAUGUUGUGGGUUCUAGCUCUCACUGCGAGCUGGGCUCAAGAGCAAAAUCAGCCUAAAAUACCUUCUCCAAAUUCUGAUUUAAUUACAAACGAUGCGCAGAAAGCAAAAAUCCAGAGCAUGAUCACUCAAAUGGAAGAGAUCACAACGACUUGCUUAAAAACAUGGCUCCAAAGUGAUAGCAGCAGCGCCCUAUCACCGCAGGAUCAAUGUGUUGAUUUGAUUACUGCGGCCUGCCAAACGCACGGUGCGCUCAGGCCUCUUUUAAAUUCCUCCUCUUCUUUUGGUAAUGUUUUACUUUCAGCCUGCGUAGAUUUCGUGCAGCGCAGGAGAAACCUAAAUUGGGCUGCGCUUUCGCAUUUAUUAGUCGCCUUAGAGGCUGCUCGGUGGGAGAACAUUCUUUGCUUCGCCCCCGCACCCACGCUUCUCGAGUUUAAUGAGCAUCUUACACAGCAAUUGGAGUUUUUAACUGUACAAAAUAAUAAAAAAGAAUGCGAAUUACUACGAGAGGUUGAACGAUUUUUACAACUCGGCACGCUUCUUCCAGAGCACGCCGGGGGAGCCGUAAGUUGCGCGCCGUGGUUAUCAAUAAAUUUUAUUGCCGGGAAAAGCUCCAGCGGUGUGCCGAAUGCGGUAUUGGAUCUUUACAUUCGUCUUCUUAUGGAUGAAAAGGCCUCGACGAUUAAGAUCACCGAACAUCAGGCCCACGUGCUCGUGCAAUGCGUGGAAAGCCGUGUGCGGUGUGGAGUAGGGGAGCUGGAAAAGGCCUUUAUGCUGCUUUGCACACCUCGGUUUGGUUUUUCGAAAUCGCUCUUGGAGGGAGUUCGCCUUCCACCGUUGGCGCUCACGCGGCUUGUGGAGAUCGCUACGGAGCUUUAUAGCUCUCGAAUUCCUACCGCUACCACAAUUCUCACUGCAUUAUUUCACGAGCUUAUUGAAAGAGGGAUUUCGGAAUGUGCGGAUAUAAGCUCUUUAAACGACGUCGCCUCAUUGCUUUUGCUGUCUAUAAGCUCGGAGUUAUGGAUGGAAAAGCGGCUUGUGGAAAAAAUUACGCAUCGCGCUAUAGAGAUCAGCAAACAAAAAGAGUUGGAUAAUAAAAAGGGCAAAACCAAAAAGGAUUGUGCACUCGAAAAAGCUUACCUUAUUGCCUAUUUUGUUCGCGCCAAGGCACCUAUCAGUGAAGAACUUUUAUCUGUGUUUCGUCAGCAAGCAGAAUAA